AGUGCAAAACAGUACCACUACUGCAUCUCCUUCUCCACCCACUCCGCCACCACCGCCAUGGCCACCGCCCCCCACCACCACCACCGCCACCUCCUCCUCCUCCUCCGCCCCAUCCUCAACUCCAAAUCCUCCCCCACCUCCUCCCGCAGCGGUAACCUCAGCCCCAAGAUCCCGUCACCGCCACUUCGCCCUCUCGCUACUACCACUCCCACUACCCACUCUUCUUCCACUCCUCCUUUGAGCUCGCCAAUGGCGACGGGGAUCGAGCAGAGAGGGGGUAGGAUGGUGGCGGAGUUGGUCGGGGCCUUCAAUGAGCUCACGGAGAGGAUGGGUUCGCUUUCCAAUUCGUCUUCCUCCCAACUCCUAUUCAAGUCUCUGAAGCUAUCGAUUCCGCUUCUACAGGCCAUGCCCUUGGCUCUCGAUGGCCGAUCUCGGCUCUCUAGGGCAUUGUCGGUCGCUUUACUCCUCGCAGAUCUCCAGAUGGAUGCUGAAGUUAUUUCAGCCGGUGUACUGAGAGAAGCCUUAGAAGCAGGCGCUCUAACCAUGCACGAAGUGAAAAGCCAGAUUGGAACAGGCACCGCUCAUUUAUUGCACGAGAGCUUGCGAAUGAAACACGUUCCUUCAAAGUUUGAAAUCCUAGAUGAUGAAAAUGCUACUGCACUAAGAAGGUAUUGUCUAACUUACUACGAUAUUCGAGCUGUUAUCAUACAGCUCACCCUAAAACUCGACACAAUGAGGCAUCUUGACUACUUUCCAAAGUACUACCAACAAACAGUUUCUCUUGAGGUCAUGAAAAUAUAUGCCCCUCUUGCUUAUGCUGUGGGAGUCGGAACCUUAUCACUAGAAAUGGAGGAUCUUUCCUUUCGUUACUUAUUCCCCUUCUCAUACCUUUACCUCGAUACUUGGCUGAGAAACCAUGAAACAGAAAAUGAGCCCUUAAUAGACAUUUACAGAAAGCAGCUUCUUGAUUUGCUAAAGGCAGAUGAAGAAUUGAACAAGUUGGUGGGUGAUAUCUCUGUUAAAGGUCGGUUUAAAAGCCGUUUCAGCACAAUGAAGAAGCUACUGAAGGAUGGUCGAAAGCCAGAAGAAGUAAAUGAUCUACUAGGUUUACGGGUAAUUUUAAACCCUAAAUGUGGUGAGGACAUGCACAAAUGGGGAAAUAGGGCUUGCUAUAGGGCCUAUGAAGUUAUCCAAAAUGUGUGGAAAGAAGUACCUGAUAGGACAAAGGAUUAUAUUGCAAGACCCAAAACGAAUGGGUAUAGAAGCUUACAUGUGGCAGUCGAUGUUAGUGAAGAAGGAAAAAUGAGACCUUUGAUGGAGAUUCAGAUACGUACUACUGAGAUGGAUAUGUUGGCUGCUGGUGGAGCUGCUUCUCAUUCUCUCUACAAAGGUGGCCUUACUGAUCCAGGAGAGGCAAAAAGAUUGAAGGCAAUUAUGAUGGCUGCGGCUGAAGUAGCUGCUCUACGCCUUAGAGAUCUACCACCUGGCAAUAAUACAGGAGCAGAGAUCGACUGCAGAAACCGAGUCUUCUGCCUUCUUGAUAAGAAUGGUGAUGGGAGGAUCAGUAUUGAAGAGCUCACUGAAGUCAUGGAAGAGCUUGGAGCUGGAGGUGAAGAUGCAAAGGAACUUAUGCAUCUUCUUGAUGAAAAUAGCGACGGCUCUUUGAGCUCUGAAGAGUUUGAUUUGUUUCAGAGACAGGUUCAAAUGAUGAGAAAUUUAGAGGAUAAAGAUGAACACUACAGAACCAUGUUGGUGGAGAAGCUCGAGACAAUUGACAGUGCUGGUCUCAUUCAAGUUUAUCGCAAGGAGUUGGGUGAUAAGCUAUCUGUCAGCUAAACCCUGCAAAUGUAUUUACAUGAAGAGUAUGCUCACCUUUCUAAUUGUAUAUAAUUUCUUGUAAUUCUUGUAGAUUUUGAUUUUGGAGCAAUGGAUAUGGUAAUUAAAUCUUGUUAUUUGUGGUUAGCUUCCGGCUAUUAGGGCAUGUAACCUAACAUUUGCAGCGGCGGUUUGUAUCUUGUAGCGUCCGUUUGUACCUUGUAAUGCCCAUUAAGUAAAUUUUUUUAAUUACUUAGAUAUUCCAUGUA